AUGUAUGCGUCACCCGAGCAAGUGAACUGGCAGUUCUUUCUAAAGGAGUUUAAAAACAAGUAUAUCGGGGAACAGUUCAUGAGAUCAAUGCUGUUGAAGUUUCUCAACCUAAAACAAGACGAUCGAGUGGUGCAUGAAUAUGAAGAUGAAUACAACAAGCUUAGUCGUUAUGCUACUGAGGUGGUCCCUAAUGACAAAGCUGUUGGGACCAUCGACGGACCUCGCGGUGCAACAGAAACAAAACUCGACAGUUCUACUAAGAAUCAGGGUCAAACCAUAAAAGGCCAACUUAAAGCAUAUCACUGGAUGAAGUUAACGAGGGUCCAACAAGGAAGCUUAUGGGCUAAGGCACAAAGACCCGAGGAAGCUGCCAAGGCUACAGAAUUUGACAUGUUAGAACUUGAGACUCUCUUCUCUACAAUUUCACCAACUACAAAUAGCAAGAACAAGCCUGGGAAAUCAAACAGUAAUGCGGGUCGUAAACCUGAUAAAGUCCAGCUAAUUGAGCUUAAACGGGCAUAUAAUUGUGAAAUAAUGCUGACAAAAGUUAAAAUCCCUUUACCUGAAAUGAAAAGUGCAAUCCUUGCCUUAGAUGAUACGGCGUUAGAUCCUGAUCAGAUUGAGAACCUUAUUAAGUUUUGUCCUACAAAAGAACAGAUCGAAUUCUCAAGGUAUUUAAUAUAUGGUUAUAUGGGAGACAGGGAAAACUUGGGAAAAUGCGAACAGUUCUUCCUAGAAUUGAUGACAGUGCCACGAGUAGAGUCUAAGCUAAAAGUUUUCCUAUUCAAAAUACAAUUUUAUUCCCAGGUUUCUGAUCUUAGAAAUAGUUUGGAUAUUGUAAACUCUGCUGUUGGAGAGGUAAGGAACUCGGUCAAAUUGAAAAGGAUCAUGCAAACUAUUCUUUCUCAGGGAAAUGCCUUGAACCAAGGAACUGCCAGAGGUUCUGCUGUUGGUUUUUGGUUGGAUUGUCUCCUUAAACUCACAGAUACACGGGCUCGCAAUAAAAAGAUGAAUCUCAUGCAUUAUCUUUGUAAGUUCCUGAGCCAAAAGUUGCCAGAAUUAAUAGAUUUUCCAAAAGACCUUGCGACUUUGGAAGCUGCAACAAAGGUACAAUUGAAAUGUUUGGCAGACGAGAUGCAAGCCAUUAGUAAAGGGUUGGAGAAGGUUAUCCAAGAACUAGCUGCCUCGGAAAAGGAUGGUCCCGUGUCUGCAACAUUUUGCAAGACUGUAAAGGAGUUCCUUAGUUUUGCUGAAGGGAAAGUCAAGUCUUUGACUGCGCUUCAUACUUGCGUGGUAUCAUUUCUAAAUUGAUCAGGGUAAAAUGCAGAUGCAUUGGCUCAUUAUUUUGGAGAAGAUGCUGCACGUUGCCCAUUUGAGCAAGUCAUGGCUACUCUGCUCAGCUUUUCGAUGAUGUUUGUCAAAGCACACGAGGAAAACUGCAAGCAACUUGAAUUGGAUAUGAAGAAAGCAAAGGAGGAAGAAAACGAGAAGCCAAUAAAUUAG